AGGUGAGAGGAAAGUGGCAGGUGGCUACAGAGAAGGGGUUGCUGAGUUUAGCUCUAGUCCCCAAAGGGUUCUGUGGGCAGGAAGAAUUUCCAGAUGUCAAGUCUCUUAGAACAUCAAUUUCCUCAUCCUUAAAAUGAAGGAAAUGUGAAUCACCAAUAAGGUCCUCUAUUGCAGCAAGCACGAGACAGUUUAUCAGGACCUCUCUCUGCACAAAGUGGGUCCUCACCCAAGACCUAGAAAAGAGGAAGGGGGGGGGGAGGCGGAGCUGGGAGCCCCAAUCCACCCCGCGGUGAGUGCCAGCCUAGGCAACUGUCCCCAGGUCCCCCUUUCCUUCUCUAGGGGAAUUGCGUGAGGCCAGAGAGAAGAAGUGGAGGGGCGCCUGGGUGGCUUCCUCAGUUAAGCAACUGACUCCUGGUUUAGACUCAGGUCAUGAUCUCAUGGUUUUUGAGUUCCAGCCUCAAAUCGUGUUCAGUGCUGGCAACUCUGAGCCUGCUUGGGAUUCUGUCCCCCUCUCUCUCUGCCCCUCCCCCGCUCUCUUUCGCCCUCUCUCUCUCAAAAAGAAAAGAAGCCAUGGAAUGGGGGGCCCUCUUAGAUGCCCAAGUGUCUAAGGCUCCCGCUGCCAUGGCUUGAUUCAGUCAGCCGGGAGUACUCUCAGCUUUGAAGUCACAGGGGCCUCUAGCAGAGCCACUUGGAGCUGUCACCCUUGCCUAUUCCUCCCCGGGAAAAGCUCUAGUGAGCAGUGGAGAGAAAGCUUUAAAGGGACUCGCAAAAGAACAAAGUUCACUCCCCAGUUUUGGAUUAAACAGCGCUGUGAUCUUGGACACGUUAGUGCAGGGCGCUCAGUAACUCCCAGGUAAGGAUAACUCCCCCGGUCGGCAGACCGCUCCUUUGACACCUGCCCUCGUCACCGCGCCACAUCGCCUUCUCCCCACCUUUCCCUUCCCGGUCCAAGGCGCGGCGCUGACUCUGGCCAGGCGAGGCUGCGGAGAGCCUGGCGGCGGGAGGUUGGCUGGGAGCCCAGGGCGCCCCCGCGCGCUCCCUCACCGCGGCUCCCGCCCCCCGCGGCCGCGCGGCCCCGCGCUCGGGUGCACGGAGCCCGCGCGGACAGCGCGCGGCGGCGGGGGUGGCGCGGCGGCGGCGGGGAAGGUGGGAGCCGGGCCUACCGUGUGGCCGGCUCGGAGGGUCGCCCGCUCAGCUCCGAGGCGCGCCAGCGGGACCCGGCCGGACGCCACCGAGGCUCCUCCCCGUCCGCCCGAGCCCGCCACCCGAGCCCGCGGGGCGCCCGCGGGGCGGCGGGGGCUGCAGACGGCAGGCUCUGCGCGUCCUGCCCGGGGCGGGCCCAGGGCCCCCAGACGCCCGCCUCCGCGGUGGGUGGCCGCUUACGUCAGGGAGGCGAAACCCAGAAGAAGGAAAAAAAAAAAAAAAAAAAAGGCACGAGGGCGGAAGGGGAAAAACUUUUUUUAUUAUUCUUUUUUGCUCUUAUUUUCUUCUGGGGCUGAAGUGAAGGGCAGGCGACUGCGCCAGCGCGGGCUUCCCGGAAAAGCCCGGCGCGACCCCAGCCCGCGGCGCGCGGCGGAGCUGGGCCCGGGAGGCCCGAAGGGGCGGCCGCCAUGUGGGACCCUCAGGACUUUGAGCGCCACUGGCAGGCCGAGUUCCCCGGGGAGGAGGCACCGGUCAUGCGGCUGGACUCGGUGCUGGACAUGGAGCGGGAGCUGGAGCGCUGCAAACUCAACCUGAAGCGGCUGCAACAGGUGUUGGCUGAGGAGAAAUUCAAAGUCUCCUACCUGCAGACGGCCCUGGCCGGGGAGAAGCGGGACCUCGGCUGCGGGCGCCUGGAGGGCGGAGACGGCGACAGCGGGGGAGCUUGGGCAGAGGAGCCGGCCGGGCCGGAGCAGGCGCCGCCACCGCGGGAGGAGGAGGGCGCCGCGGGCGGCGGCGGAGACCCUCCAGGCUCCUGGCGCCCUGACCCCGAGGUGGCCGCCAAGGCCGGGACUCGUCACGCGUGCCCCGACCUUCCCACUUGGCCCGGGGCGGCGGGGGCAGGGGGCGCCGUGCGCAGCUUGACCGCCGCCAUCCACCAGCAGCUGCUGCAGCCUCGCCUCCUCUUCAGACUCCGGGAGGACCGCGCGCCACCCGGCCCCGAUGACACGGUCCCCAGCGCCCAGGGAGAGGAGCUGUCCUCCCGGACCCGCGCGGGGCGGGGCUCCGAGGAGGGCGAGCCGGACGCCUCGGUCGCAGAUGAUGGGGGCAACAGCAGUGACCACGACUUCGAGAUGGUGGAUUUGAACGAGAAAUUCGUCCUCGGCCACUUGCUCGUGCCCCCCUGCCGGCUCGGGACCCGCGACGAGGCCGAAAAGCCGGCGCGGGCGGGCAGCCCUCAUCGCUGGAUGCACCUGAUCCCCGGGGGCCGGCGGCAGCAGCGCCGGAGCCGCGACCUGGAGCAGCUGGAGGUGGAGGCCAAGGACGGGCGGAGCUCGCCCCUGGCUGCGGAGGAGCACCCCGCGCGCGGGGCUCGCGAGCACCUCCCCCCGUGGCGGCGCAAGAGGUUUCUGCGGGUGCCGGAGCGGGACUCGCCCAGCCACAGCUCGCCCGAGAGGGGCAGUGACUGCAGCCACAACAGCUCGGGCCACGAGGACGGCUUCUCUGCAGGUAGGCGCACCCCUCGC